AUGACAACAGUUGUGAAAAAAGAGAAGGUGAUGAGCCAGGCUACUGAUGAACAUAAAGCCACUGGUAUCACACCUACACUCUUCCUCCUCUUUGCAUGUAAGGAGUUUGUGAUCGUCACCCUCCUUACAAUCCUGCUCAUCUUGGGAACUCUAAUGACAACGAACCCAUUAUUUGGUGUUGUUAGCAUUUUGGCGCGCCAUAAUCCUGACCCUUCCGUUCUAGAACUAUCCUUUGACACAAACAUUCUUCACGAAUUUGGUGCAGCUUUUCGCCAGUCUUUGAUGCUUGCUUUGCUGACUCGAAUCACAGUUUUAAAGCAGGCCCUGCUUGGCAAAGCAAUCAGUGGAAUGGACAGUCUAAAUGUGCUUAACAAGUUUGCUCUCACUGGCUCUUUUCAAUCUAUAGCAUUUCUGUCAUUAUUUUUGUUAAUGCUUAUCAGAGUAUUAGAACAUAUUUUUAAAUUGAAAGACAAGCGUUUCCUGAUUGUAAUAACGUUCUAUCAGUGA